AUGGAGACGGCGCACGAGGUGGCCAUCUACAUUGACCGCUUCCACAACCUCGACUUGUUCCACCAAGGAUGGUACCGGAUGAAGAUUAGUGCAGCGUGGGAGCAGGACGACGGCAGGGCACCCGUGACGCCGGCCAGGGUUGCUCAAUACGAAGCUACUGAUAUUGGUGCAAAGCGUGCAUUUGGCUCUUGGAAAAUAGAUGACGUUGACAACAGCUUCUAUACACAGCCAUUUAGAAUUAAAUACGCUAGACAAGAUAUUUAUCUAUCACUUAUGGUUUCUUUCUACAUACCGAACAGUGAAGAUGAGGGUCCAGCAACUUCUUCAGUUAUAUUGAAGUUUGAGCUACUAUAUGUUCCAACAUUGGGGAACAGGAUAGAAACUGAAGAUCCAAGUGACAAAUAUGUGGCCCCUGUGCAUGAGUUUAGGAUCCCACAUAGGGCACUCCUGGGUUUGCACACAUAUUGUCCUGUCCAUUUUGACGCUUUCCACCCUGUGCUUGUUGAACUGAGCAUACAUAUAGUGUACCUGAAAGCUGGUGUGACUAAAUCGUCACUGAAGUCAUUCGAGCAAGGUUCAGCCUUGAAGUCAUAUGAUAUUGUAAAGGCAUUAUUAACUUCUAGAGAACUGUUGCUCGAGGAAGUGAAGACGAUCAGUAAUGCUAUUGGUAAGAAUCUUGAAGAUGUGGAUGGUACUGAUUUGACUCUUGGUAAAUACGAGUCAGUUAACGCAACAAAGUCAAGCUUUCCUAAUUAUACUAACGGGCUCCCUGUAACCCCAAAGUAUAUUGGCCGGCGGAUUGGCAUUUUACAAGAUCUUCUAGAGAUAUCUGAUGAUGUGGUUCAGAGCACUAGCGAUGUUAUGCUGUACACUCUUUCCAAGGAAGAAUUGUUAGAAUUAUUUGAAACUGUGAGCAACCAACUUACUAUCAUAUGGAAUGGCUUUCUGAAAUUUCAUAGGUCAAAUAAAAUGAAGAUAUUGGAUUACUUGCAUGAUAUUUGGGAUGUUGAUCGGAAAUCAGAAUGGUCAAUAUGGAUUGUUCAUUCCAAAAUUGAGAUUCCACAUCGCUACAUGCACAGUGUGUCUGACAGUUCAUCUCCUCGCCAUUCACUUCGGAGGGCUUCCAGUUCAAAGAAGCUCCACCAUGAUCCUGUACAAAAUGCCUCUUCACGAGCUGAACUCCACAGAAAAAGUAUUGCACAAAUGAAGAUUAACGCACGGUCUGUUCAAGAUAUGCAUAUUUAUGCUAAUCCUUCGCGUGUUCCUGUUGUUCUUAUAGAACAACAUGUUAUGAUCGUUCCGCAACAUGGUUGUAGCAAGGAUUUGUUGGCAAAUGCUCAAGAUCCAAAUAACAUUUUGCCAACUAACCUACAAGAAGAUUCUGUGACGGGGAAUCCUAGUGGUGGUAAAAACAGUGGACACGUCUUACGAGCUGUCAUUUUUGUGCAUGGAUUUCAAGGGCAUCAUCUGGAUCUUUGUCUUAUUCGAAAUCAAUGGCUUUUGCGUGAUCCUGGAGCUGAGUGCCUAUUGUCUGAGACAAAUGAAGAUAGAACGUAUGGAGAUUUUAAAGAAAUGGGUAAAAGGCUUGCUAGUGAAGUACUCUCGUUCCUGAAAAAUAAACUGGACAAGUAUUCGAGACACGGAGGAUGCAAAGAGUUGAAGCUUAGUUUUGUCGGUCACUCCAUUGGGAACAUCAUCAUCAGAAGUGCCCUAUCAGAUCACAAAUUGCAGCCAUUUUUGAAGAACCUCUACACAUACAUGUCGAUAUCAGGGCCUCACUUAGGUUAUUGGUAUAGCUCAAAUUCUUUGUUCAACUCCGGCCUCUGGCUUAUGAAAAGGCUCAAGGGACUGCAAUGCAUGCAUCAGCUCACUUUCACUGAUGAACAAGACCCCCAGAAUACAUUCUUUUAUAGGCUUUGCAAGCUCAAGACACUGGAAAACUUCAAAAACAUCAUUUUGGUAUCUUCACCACAGGAUGGUUACGUCCCGUAUCAUUCAGCGAGAAUCGACCUCUGCCCGGCCUCGUCGACAGAUAGCUCGAAGAAGGGCCAAGUGUUCACCGAAAUGCUUAACAACUGCCUGGACCAGAUCCGGGCGCCCACCUCGGAGGAGCGGGUGUUCAUGCGCUGUGAUGUGAGCUUUGACCAGUCCGCGCAACGACGGGACCUCAACUCCAUGGUCGGUAGGGCUGCACACGUGGAGUUCCUGGAGAAUGACAUGUAUGCCAGGUUCAUCAUGUGGUCCUUCCCGGAAUUGUUCCAGUGA